CCCGGUGAGUGGAAGUGUUCAGGCAUCUCACCUCUGCUGGGUAACAAGCUGCCAUAAAACCUAAAAAGCCUUAAAAGAGCGAAAGCAUGGGAGGAUCACAGAGUGUGGAGAUACCGGGAGGAGGCUCCGAGGGCUACCACGUCCUUCGGGUUCAGGAGAACUCGCCUGGACACCGUGCAGGAUUGGAGCCUUUCUUUGACUUUAUUGUCUCCAUUAACAACACCAGACUGAACAAGGACAACGACACCUUGAAAGACUUGCUCAAAGCCAGUGUGGAGAAACCAGUUAAGAUGCUGGUUUACUCCUCUAAGACCCUGGAGCUGCGGGAGUCGACAGUCACCCCUAGCAACCUGUGGGGCGGGCAGGGAUUGCUCGGCGUCUCCAUUCGUUUCUGCAGCUUUGAGGGAGCCAAUGAGAAUGUUUGGCAUGUGCUAGAAGUGGAGCCUAAUUCUCCAGCAGCCCUUGCAGGCUUGCGGCCGCAUACUGACUACAUCAUUGGAGCCGACACUGUUAUGAAUGAGUCAGAGGACCUGUUCUCUCUGAUAGAGAGCCAUGAGGGGAAAGGCCUGAAGCUCUAUGUGUACAACACAGACACCGAUAACUGCAGGGAGGUGAUCAUCACACCUAACAGUGCCUGGGGAGGAGAGGGCAGCCUUGGAUGUGGGAUCGGCUAUGGAUACCUCCACAGGAUCCCCACCAGGCCAUUUGAGGAGGGAAAGAAGAUCAGCUUUCCUGGAAACUCUCCCAGUGAGCCUGUCAGUCCGCUGAAGGAUGGAUUCACUGAGGUCCAGCUUUCAGCAGUGACCCCUCCUCCUACUGCGCCCGUCGUCCCCUCUGGCCUUGAAGAUUCACUGUCAGGCCUGUCAAUCAGCACAGCCCCGCCCACCAUGCCCAGUGAGCUGCAGACAGGUUUGCCCACAGUACCUCUGCUCCCCUCCUCCACCAGCCCCUCCCUCAGCCCUCUCACUCCUCUGAAUCCUGCCGCCACCAGCUUCAACCCCGCCACCACGCUACCAGGUCUGAUGCCCCUCCCAGGUGGCUUACCUCCGCUCCCUAACUUGCCCAACCUCAACCUGCCACUCCCAGACCUCAGUGCCGUGUCAUUAGCAGGACCACCGCCAGUAGGAACCACAGUGCCACCUCUGGCAUCUCUCCCACCCCUCAACCUCCCAGGUCUGGCCCCCUUACCCCCUCUACCCACCAUGCUGCCCUCCCAGCUGCCUCCUCUCCUCCCUCAAGGAGUGGCCCCCCUCCUGCCCAUUUCCACCACCGCUCCUCCAGCCUCGGUCACAGUCACAGCGGCGCCUGCGGCUGAGCCCGCCGCAGCCUCCACGCUCCCCACGGAAGCCGCCUCCACGAACGCCACGGAUUCACCGGCCCCCACGGACGCUACACUAACGUCGUAACCUGGGAAAGAAGGUCCCGCUUGCCAUCAAACCAAAACACACACCCGGUUUCUCUCUUUCUCCCGUCUGUCUUUCUCUGUGUUUUUCUAUUUAUUUGGCCAAGAGGGACAGGCAGACAGCUGCAUUAGUUCAGACACGGAGGUCGGCAUGCUCCAGUUUUGGGUGAGGAGGCUUGUGUGGAGCAAUGAAGGAUGAAUGGAUAUGAAGAAUGGAGGACGAAUGUAGACUAGUCUUACCAACAUGUCUUUAUUGCCAGAUUGUCAUGGAGCUUGCCUCAGCUGCUGUAUGAGGAGGACGAGGUUUGGCAAACUCUCUUUGGUUUGUAGUUUGCUUCGCACUUCUGCAUUUGCAACAUGGCAAAGAACUAUUUCAAGAUUCCUCUGUUUCACAUACAGUACUUAUUUUUAUAUAAACUUUGUAUGUUAAUGGGGCUGGAUGAUAAAUCAAAUUUACUGAAUUACUGCCUACAUCAUGAAUCCAUUUAUAGGUGGAUGUAAACAGAGAGAACAGUUACAUCAGUGAGGUGGAAGUUCAGCCAACCAGUCCAGAGGUCCUUUAACUGGUCAUACUGUAAUACAUCAAAGAUACAAAGAUAUCAGACUGUGCCUACAGGAGAGAAGAAAUAUCAUGCACUGCUGUAUUCGAACAUCAAUUAACGAUAAAGGUGAAUAUGAAUUAGUCACAUAGAUUUUUGGUCUUAUCGUCCAGCCCUGACGUGUAACAUUUUAUUAUUAGUUAACAGACCCCCCUGAUCAAUAGAUUAAUUUGAUGUGUAUUAAUUUUUGUUGGAAUUGCUAUACAAGUCUCCACCCAAUGAAUGAAUCUGCAUUAUUUUGCACCACCUUUUGUGUUUUGAAAUUAUUAGUCCCUUUGUAUGUCUCCAUGUAUAGCCAGAAUCCACAGUAUCCGUCUCUACCACACAGGGAUGGCAGCAGCCUGGAGGCCAUGCCAGAGGGGACAGAGGUUUACAGUUACAUGAGCUACUGAGAUGAGUGUAUGUGCUUGCUGUUGAGUGAUCAGUAGGGCGAAAUAUGGGUGCAGGAAUAAUAAAUACAUGUCUCCUCCUGGCAUUGCCUGUGAAUUGGUAGGCAGAGUUGCAGUGAUGCCGUACAGCCACAAGGUGUCACUGUAACAGAACUUUCUGAAAACAUCUACAGUAUGCACUGUGCGAGCAAUAAAGCCAAAUUAAUUUUA